GAGGGCAGCGAGAGAGGGCCCGGGGAGCGGCGAGCGCCGCUGCCAUUGAUCUCGAGGCGCGCUCACGGGGACCGCGCGUGGGUGGGAGCAGUUGCUGCUGCAACGGUCACUUUGGCCGGUGGCUUUGCCCGCGCCCGGCACCACCAGGCCACCAAAAUCAUCACUCGCUUCCCAGCUCGCUCAUCGAGCUUGCCCGCCUCCCCAAACAUCCGCGCCUCUCCCUAGACACGAUUAAAACUGCCAUCGCAGCGAGUUCUUCCAAGAAACGUACAGCGAGAUCGCAGCUUCCGCUGGCUUCUAAUCUUUGUUUUCCAAAUCCCAGAGACAGUUCCUUGUUUUGUUUCAAUCCUCCCCGAGGCUCCAUUUCUUAAUUUCCCUUCGUAACAGAGCAGCCGGCGUCGUAGCUGGUCAGAGGAGGAAACGGGGAAGUGUCGGUCGCGAUGGGGAAGAAGCGAGCGGCGGCCGCGGGCGCUGCCGCGGCGCCCGUCUUCCCGUUCCCGGCGUCCGCCGCCGGCGAGCCGGACCACUUCAGCGACUACGGCUUCGACCCGCAGCUCGUCGGCUUCUUCCCACAGCGUGAGGCGAAGCGGCCGUCGUCGAGCAGCAGGCGCCACCAGCCGCCGCCGCUGGAGUCGGCGCGGUUCAAGCUCCAGAAGCCCAUCUCCAAGAAGCACCACCACCACCUGCAGAAGCAGCAGCAGCAGCCGCGGCGGCGCCACCGGUGGUGGAGCUCGGCCGCCUCCGCCGCGCUCCUCCUCUUCAAGCGCCCCUCCUCCUCCGACUCCUCCAGCUCCGCUGCGGCUCCAGCUCCACCCCACUACGGAUAUUCAGCCUCGGCCACCGUGCCGCUGUACCUCGCCGGCGACGAUAGUGGCGCGGACGACGGCCCGGCCGCGUGCACGUGCUGGGCGCCCGCCAUGCGGUCCGGCCGCCUGGCCGCCGCUGAGCUCGGUGCCGCGGCGGAUGCGGUGCCCUACGUCAGCCUCAGGUCCGCUAGCCUCGGCGGCGGUGGCGCUGGCGCUGGAAGAGCAGGUGGAGGCGCUCCGGCGAUGCCCAUCUACCUCGUGACGUGAAGCUCCUCCGACCGGCUGCCGCUCCGGCCGACGCGGACGGCGGAUUCUUCCCCUUUUCCGGUUUCUUCUUGAGAAGCUUGGACGGUUGGACCACAUGUCAGUGAAUGUUUUCAUCGGCUGGUUGGUCAACUGGUCAACUAGUUGGUCAACUGGUCAAAGAUUCAGCGCUUCAGAAUUUAGAAGUCUUACUAGUAUGUUUUCCUUUAGUUGUUUUUUUAAAAAAAACUGCUUUAGUUGUUUUUCGAAAAUUGUUGGGUCUGUUUGAAAAGAUCAAAGCGCUUUGCUUUGUUUCGUUGUCUCGGAGGUGAGUGAUUUGGGAUCAUUUGGAUUU